CGCCGUAAACGAAUUGCGGCGUACAACAAAUCGUCACGUAAAACCCGCGGAUAUCGAUUGUCGCGAUAAUUUAUUCACGUUUACACGUAGGACGCAUGUCGGGGGCUCAGAGCUCGAUUCUCGGCUGCCAUAUAGUCUAGCUGAGUCUUGUGGCUGAAGAAAACGUGUCCGGGUUAUCGGGGUGCUGUGCAAGGGAUCUCCGCAUGUCUGAUACAAAUAACGAGUUUGCCGAGAAGCGGCUGAAAAUUGUUCUAGUCGGCGAUUUGGGAGCUGGAAAAACCAGCAUAGCGGUAAAAUUUUGCACUGAUGAAUUUACUCGGCAGUACACGCCAACAUCGGGAAUUGACUUCUUCUUGAAGAACAUGAAUUUAGGAUGUCAGAAGAAUAUUCGUCUUCAAUUGUGGGACGUUAGCGGAUUAUCACUGCGCAGUAAUAUGCUCGACAAAUACAUUUUUGAAGCUAACAUUAUUUUACUUGUUUACGAUAUCACAAAUAGUUCCAGUUUUGAUAUUCUUGAAGAUUGGGUAACUAAAAUUCGCGAACUAAGUGACGAUCUUCAGAUAAUGCCAGUUAUGGCAAUUGUCGGAAAUAAAUGUGAUAUGGAGCAUCAGCGUACAGUUAAAAGAGAAAGAUCACAUCGCUUUGCUGCUGAAAAUGGAUUUCAUUAUCAAGAUAUGUCAGCUAGGACUGGGGAAUCCGUGUCACUUUGUAUAGCUAAUCUUGCAGCAAAAAAUCUGGGUAUACGACUUACGAAAUUCGAUCAAGAUCUUCACAAACCCAUUAUUACAGCGGAAAUAGGUGAUUCAGUAGACAUGCCCAUAAUUGAUAAUCGAAAAAUUAUUAAAAGACGACCAAACAAAAAACAAAUGUCAAUUCAUCAUUUCCGUCAAAAUCUUCCCAUGUCAAAAUCUACCACAUGCUCUUUACAAUAAUAUAUUGUUGUUAAACUAAGAGUUUUGUAAAAAUUGUAUUGAAACUUGUAGUUCAGGAAAAAUGAAUGAGUUAGAUGAUAAAUGUCAUAACGGUCUGUUAUAUUUAUUAUGAA